AGCUCCGUGUAUCGACGGGCCGGACACCGGAGAUCAGUACGAGGGAAGGUAGGUAAAACAUAUAUUAAGGCCAAGAGACUUUCUCUUUUUUGCCAGCAAAUCACAUCAUGGCCCAUGCAGAACUUGAUCGACUCCAAGCAUGUUUGAACCUCGCACUCGAUACCUUCCGCAAGGAGAUGGACAAGUCUCAGCUUCCUCCCCUGAGCCAACACAGCUCAGUAGAACACCCAUUGGACGACCCAACAACCUACCUUCCAAGCACGGCGCUAUUUGAAGCUCGGCGCCUCUCUCUAGCAUGUCUGGGAGAGCUAAAGAACCUUAUUCAGCCGCCUUUGGAUAAGCGCCUGGAUGAGAAGUACACAGCCUAUGUCGUUGCCUCUACCGAUAUCCUCAUCAAGACCGAUAUCAUCGACUACUUGUCUGGCGUUCCGAAUCCCUCCGAAGGUGCCCCAGCCACUGAGCUGGCCUCAGCAUUCGAGCUUGAUUCUCAUAAACUCGUUCCCAUUCUCCGCUGCUGUGCAGCCAACGGUUGGGUGAGGGAGACCCGUGAUUCCUCAUUUGCUCUGAACAGAUGCUCGCGCACUUUCAUCAAAGGUCACCCAGGUCGGAGAUUGAACCUUUCAACGCCUCGGUUCAUGUCGUUGGUGUCAGUCAUGCCACGUUGGGUGACGGAAUCGGAUUGGAAACUAUCACGUUCUCCAGCACAGACAGCUUUUCAGAUCGCGUACAAGACUCCCUUGAAGUUAUUCUCCUGGGUUAUGGAGAAUCCACAGGCCCUCGUUCGAAUCUCGGAUCAUCUUCAACUCUUCGGUGACAUGUCUACUCCGAGUAUCGCAGCAGACUACCCAUGGGAACAGCUGGAAACACCCGUCAUCGUUGAUUGUGGAGGGGGAAAGGGUGGUCUAGUUUCGGCUAUUCUAGAUGCGCAUCCUUCCCUUCGAGGCAUAGUUCAGGACACGGAGAAUGUUGUUGCACUGACCAGUACAAAAAUGAAAGAACACCGCCCUCGUGAUGUUGAAAAUGGUACACUCACGGUGGAAGCCCACAACUUUUUCCAGCCUCAACCACGCAUCGGAAACGAGUAUAGCUUCAUUAUGCGUCAUAUAAUGCAUAAUUGGCCAGACGAAGAAGCGGCAGUGAUAUUGGGAAACGUAGUUAGCGCGCUGGGUCCCAAGUCGAAGAUACUCAUCGUCGACAUGGUAACUGUCCCGAACUUAGAUUCGACUGCUACAACGAGCACCAAUUCGUUCUUACUGGACGGCGACGCUAAACGCCCCGACUAUAGCAUUCAAUCGCACUUCGGUUCAGCGUCCCAACUAGUUAACACUUUGUCGAUGCACAUGCUGACCAUGAUGAACGGUUGCGAGAGGUCUUUGCCCGAGUGGGAGAAACUUGUGAAGGGUUGCGGGCUCCGCAUCACGAACGUUUACCCGCUGCGAGCUCACACCUCCAUUAUUGAAUGUGCACUGGACUCAUGAGCAUUUCUGUACAGCAGUGAAGGGCGAGUUCCAGACAUAUUCAAGUAGAUUUGGGUGAUCCUGGAAUCGACGAUAUAUAUGACUGUUUGCCCCCCAUCGGGGAUAAAUUCAAACAAAGGGAACUCAUGUUUCGGGACUCUAGAUGGUACACUUACAUUGACAUCCUCCGCGUAGUAGCCCUCGAGCCAG